CAUUUGUAAACUCAAGCUACGGUCACACUGCUUCAAACGUUUGUUUUCCCUGUUUGUACGAAAGAAAUUACCCAUAUAAAUAAACAUUGGCAAACACACAAUGGCCGAUACGCCCAGAACGCCCAGCACACCUGGCAGUCUAGCCAUGGAAAUGGUGAAGGCACAAAACACAGCACUGGCCGAAUUCAAGAGACCGUUGCCCAGCCACACAGAACGUCGCAAAGUGAAACCUAAAAUUUUGACCGAGGAGCGCUACAUCGAGGAGAUGUCCAAGAUCAUACAACGUGACUUCUUUCCCGAUUUGGAGCGACUGCGUGCCCAAAACGAUUACCUCGACGCGGAGGGGCGUCGCGACUUUCUGCAAAUGGCCGAAAUUCGAGCACGCUACAGCAUGGGACGCUUCCCUGGCACUGGCAGCCGAAGCGGCACAGCUGGCCGCAACAAUGCCAUGUCGCCCGCCACAUUCGAAACGCCUCUGAGCACUGCAAAUGGCGGUGCAACGCCGCGGGCCGAGACACCGCAGUCCAACAGAAGUAACAAGAGCAGCAGAAGUGACGUUGAGGGCGGCAGCCAGGAGGGCAUUGCAAGCCAAAUGUCGCUGGACUCGUUUCUACAGCACUAUACCAGCGAGGACAACCAAAGCUUUCAGGAGAUCAUCGAGACCGCUGAGGCGAAGCUGCGCCAGAAAUAUGCGGUGCUCUACAACCACGAACACUUGUCUGCCGAGCAGCUGCAGCGCGCUUUGAUGUUGCCCAGCAUUGAGAAACAGUUCGAGGAACCCGAUCCGCUGCGCAAGAUUGAGACCUGGAAAUACACGAAUAUGAAUUCAAUCAUGUAUGUGCCCGAUGGCGUGGAACUAACCGAACAGGAGCGUGUCCAACUCGCCGAACGCAAGCAGAGCAUACAGCACAAGGCCACCAGGCUGCCAGCAAUGCAUAUGGGUCACCAGGAUGAGGCAGGCAAUGCCGCAACAGCCGAAGAAGAGAUUGGCGGCGGCACCGCAACGCCACGUAUACGUGGCUUUGAUUUGCUGCGUUCCCCAUCGCCGCGACCCGGCGAAGCCUUCUCGCCCAUCAUGACGUGGGGAGAAAUCGAUGGCACACCAUUUCGCCUGGAUGGCGGCGAUACACCGCUGCGCAGCACUACGGCCGGACCCUCGUUUCGCAUUAACGAGAAUUCGCGACGCGAGAACAUUGCCAUUGCGCUGGCCGAGAAGGUGAGCGAGAAGAUGCGCAAUCAGAAGCAACAGGCGUUGAAUACGGCACGCCGCAACAUUGGAUCACCAUUUGUGCGCUCCAACAUGGAGCGUUUGGCCAGCAUGUCGCCGGCAGCACGUCGCCUGGCCUCCGGCAAGAUAGGCAUGCGCAAUCAUACGCCGUUCCUAACGCCAUCGCCCGCUACUACAAAAAACAAACUGAAGAUUACACCGAAAGUGGUGCGUUCAUCAAAUGUGAUUAACAGUGACAGCAGGCAGCAGCAGCAGACACCAAUCUCGUCCAGCAGCCGAAGCAGCAGUCGUCAGGCAACGCCCAUUGACACGGGCUCUACGCUCACCGAUGAUCUGCUCAAGAUUCCCACAAAGCGACGCAGCGCCGCCGCCGACUUCUUUUGAGAUACAUUCUAGUUGCAAUUGUUGCUAAUGUAGAUUUGAUUUGAAGAUGAAGUGAACAACAGUUGGCCUAGAAAUUCAUGGUAGGAAUGGAGUCAAAUAUUUUGUUAUUCUUCGUAAAUUAAAUAAGAAUAAUUUGUAUGCAUAUUUAGAAAGUUUAUGCAAGAAAUGAGGAUCCCUCAGGUAUUUUUUUAUGCUAAAGAAAUGUAAUAAAUACAGCAGGAAUAUUGCGUACAAAUAAUUAUUAAUUUUCCAUUUGUUUUGCACUUUAAUUAGAAUUAUUUGUAUUUAAACAUGUGGAAAAUGCAACUAAGUUUAAUAAUGCAACGUUUUUGCAGAUUUCAGUGAAGGUAUUCUACGAAAAAUAUUGAAAUGAAAAGUUGUCGUGAUUCAACUGAAUAUUUAUAAUUUAAAAGCAAAUUGAAUUGCAUCACAAUAAGUAUGUUUUUUUUUUUUUUUAAAUAUUUUAAGCUACUUAUAUUCUCAUUUAACUUUUGAAGAAUUCCGCAACAACAUAUCCUAAGUGAUCCAGUUCGAUAUAUAGUUUAUUUAACAUUAGUUUGGAAUACAUAGCAAGUCCACAACCCAUAUUCAAAGUAUCUGAUCUGUUUAAUCCAUAUUACUCAUUAUCCCAGUAGUCAACAUGAUCGCCAGACUGGAAUUUCUGGGCCCGCAGCACAUCGAUUAGCUUCUGCGCCGUCUGCUCUGCUUUCAACAUUGUCUGCGUAUCGCGUUGCUUCUUAUAUGUGGCCGUCACGUUGGCAUCGUGGGAUUCGUGCUGCAGCUGCAGCGUCAUCUGGGUAUCGA